UUGUAGGGUGGUUCUUCACUUGACUCUUAUCCACUCUAUCCUCACUUGUGUAAGUACCAUACCAGUACGCAGUACCUUCUUCUUUUUCUUUUUGUUUUGUGCUCUGCACUUCACACCAUGGCUGAAGCUAUCAUUGGUUUCACUACCGUUUUCAAAUCAUGUCUACAAACAAGGAGAUUUGAAGCCAACCCCUCCUCAAGAUUGCCUAAGCAGCAUUCAAGCUCUACCCUUUUCAGGCGAUCAGGGCAGGUUGAAGAGAGUAAGAGGAAAAGAGGUUGUUUGCAUAAAGUGAAUGGUUUGGGGGAUUGGCCAUUGAUGGCAGUUCUAGUGGAGACAAUGGAAGGGCAGAGAGACAUGUUAACCACUAAAUCCAUUGUGCAUCUCAGUGAUGACGCCAUCAAGAAUGUUUACUCUUGGUACAUAAUGUUCACCGUUUGGGGAUGCUUAUUCUUUGGUUCCAUGAAGGACCCAUAUUACGACUCGGAGACGUACAGGGGAGAUGGAGGAGAUGGUACUGGAAACUGGAUUUAUGAGAAGCAAGAGAUUAUGGAAGCAGAAGCGAGAGAAGCGUUGUGGCGUGAGGAGUUGAUAGAAGAGAUAGAAGAGAAGGUUGGAGGGUUGAAAGAGCUUGAAGAAGCAGGCAAGAAGGAGGAACUAGUCAAGUGAUGAAUAUGUAUAUAUAUAGUGUAUAAUAUCAUGAUCAACAGUGCAUGUGCCUUCUCCCUAAAUUUCCAAUUAUUCAAGAAUAUUGCAAAUUGCAUAAUCAUAUCGUGUAUGUGCUGUAUGCAUCUCAAUAUCAAUCAUCACUUUGUAUUC